UAAGCAUGCUGAGAAACGUUUUUAUUAUUUCAGACAAACUUGUAUUGAGGUGAAUCCUACAUGAAGUAUCAGGCUUUGGUCUUUGAGCAGAAUGCUAGAAAUAGCUCACAGGAUUCUGAUUGUAAGAUGGAUGAGAGAGGUUUAAACUACAGUCUGGCCCAGUUGGGAAUUGGUCCUUGGUCCUCAGGACAGAUGGACCAUUCCCCCUGGACCACAGGACUUAAAGAUACCGAACCCGCGGACCAGGCCUGGUCUACCUCAAGCCUUGAUCCAUGGUCUCAGUCUCCGGAUAUAUUCUCCAGUAGGAGAUCUGAUCUUAUCUCCUGUAGACCGGAGGAAACGGCGAACCUGAAACCUGGGAGUUCUCCGGUUCAGGACUUGUUCAAUGAUACCUGGAGCAACGGGAGUUCAACCGAGUUCCAGCCGUGGAGAAAUGAAAAAGCUGGAGAUAUUUGGUUGGACGAAGAAAAGAGGGAGAGACAGGAGUCGGGACUAACAUCUGGAAGUUGUGGCAGCUGUGGUAGCUGUAUCAGUUGCAGCAGCUUCUCAGAUUCACCGGACUAUUUGGGAACAAUAAUUCAGGAGGGAGUGUUGAAGUGGGGUGACAGUGGAAGUGAAUCUGGAUCCAGGAAUGAUAAGCUUCUUGACUCCGACCAAUCCUCAUCCGAGAUUUGGGAUCAUUUUGCAGAUACUUGGUCACAGGAAGUGAACAAGAACAGGGUGUCUCAGUUCUCCCCUCAACCUUUACCUAAACCUUCGACUUGGAACCCCCCCCUGGAGUCGAGAGAUCUUCUCAACCCCCACCUGGAGUCAAACGAUCUAACCAACCAUGAGCCUGAAACCGUGUUUGAUCCUUUCCGUUUGAACCAACAACGUGUAUCCCCUGUGUUUGAUAAUAAUUAUUUUAACAAACAUUUCUUAAACGCCAAGCUGAUCAGCAACAUUGAUGUACAACAGAGACAGGGGUUCCAAGCGUAUACCUCUAACAAGAGGUGUGAAUUUGGAAGGAACGAAUUUAACGGAUUUGGUAGGGUAGAGGAGCAAAAUGUAUGCAAUAGAGGAUUGGAAAACAGCCGUUUCAAUGCUGGAGAUAACAUUGGGUUUUCAGAAGAGAAAGAGAUGUUUGUUGCUCGUCAGUUGGCUGGUCUUAGCUCUCCGAUAGCUGGUAGGUUUGAGGAUCAGCAGGUUGUCUACAGAAACCCUAAUACUAGUUUUGAAACCCAAGAAGGUGUUAUCAGAAACCCUGCUAAUAGAUGCGGGAACCAAAGCGGUGUCUACAGAAACCCGAAUACCAGUUUUGAUACUAGAGGUUCCGUGCUAAGACCCUCGUCUGUUGUGAGCAUGUAUGGUGAGAAAGUUGGACUACUUCAGGACGGAGCUGGUAGGGCUAAAUCCUGGGAGGAGGAACCAGGGUUUGGAAAUAUUCAAGGUGGGAUGAAUGAGAUGUUCUCUUCUCAGUUCCUGGACUCUAGAGCCUCUGAACAACGGAACACGAUUGAUAAUAGUUUAACCAACCUCAUGAACUUGAUGAGCAUAAUGGAUAGUCAGGAGAAGAAUAACAUCCUACCGCCAAGCUUUAUGGAGCCGCCACAAAUGCAUCUGCCGCCACUAGGACGGGCUAUUACAGGCGCCAAGCUUACUCCCAGCUAUCCGCCUCCAAACAUCAGCUCUUUCGGAAAUAUCUACGAUGAAACUCCUUUCUUUAAAGAUCUAGCAAUGCCUUUCCCGAUUAAUUUCAAGGUUCCGCCUCCUUCUCAUCCUCCAGCCGUACCACACCCUUCUAUGGUUCCGCCCCCGACCUUCUCCAUCCCGCCCCCCGUCCCAAUCAUCAACUAUCCGCCGCCGAACCAUCUGCCGUCACGUCCAAACCUCGCCAUAGAGUUACAUAUGCGCCUUGAGGAGGCGUAUGAGCAGUUUCGAUCGGUUGAGAAGGAACGUAAGAAAACUGAAGCUGCGCUAGCUCGUCAGUUUCCUGGACGAAAGGUUUCCAGCAGCAACUCCAUCUCAAUCCCUGGUCUGCUUUACAAUCCUACAAGGGUGGACAAGUUAGUGGUAGAUAACCAGAGGGAACAUGCUAAAGUUGCAACACUAGUCGUGCGAAUGGAGAAACUGCGAGGUGGUGUAAGGUUUGGAGAGGGAGUUAACACUAAUCUCCAGGCUUGGUAUAAGGCAGCAGUAAGGGUACAGGAUUUGCGCAGAAAGGAAGUGGAAGCGCAGUCGCCCUACAACCGGGACGACAGGGCGCUUGCGUUCAGUCUAGGGUCUCUUGCUCAGGCAACACGCGGAGCUCGAACUGCACUGUGGAGUGCACUCCAAGCAACUGCGCUUAUGGAGGUCGAUCAUGAAGUUGCUUUGGGAGAGAAGGAGCCCAAGGACGCCAGAGCAUUGGAAAAUAUGUUUAUUGACAAGGGGGAGAAAGAAGAUGAGGAAGGAGGAAAGGAAAAAUCUGAAAUAAAGAAUGAAGAUGAAAAGGUGGAGAAGGAGGAAAACAAAAAGUAGAAGGAGAAGGGCUUGAGUUGACUGUUCUGACUGAUAGAUUCCUUUUCUACCCGUUGUAUUGGGCAUUAUAUAUAGAUCUGUACUAGUCGCCACAUUCUUUUACCAGUGUUUUAAAUUCUAAGUUCCCUGAAAGGGUAAAAUCAGAGAAACGGACCUAUUUAGAGGACCUUGUAAAUUUGUAGCUUGUUGAAUGUCCAUUUGUAGACACACUUUUUCGCUGUUUUUUCGCCGUUUGCUCAAAUUUAGUGACCUAAUUAUAAUGUUGAUGUAACCUUUACUAAAAAUCACUUGUAAACUUGUUAUCUAUAUAUCUAUCCUCUUUGGGGACAUUACUAUAUAUAUAUUUAUACAAAUAUUCACUUAUAAAUAGCCCAGACAAACGGGUGCAUGUUAUAAUCACGUUUUUUACCAUUUUUAAUCUCUUCGUCGAUAUGUAAUUCAUUUAGAAUCUGUAAAUUUUCCUGUGAGAUGUUUUAUUGUAAGCUGGGUUUGUAUCCUGGAUCCCCCCCCCCCCUCCCCGUUGUAUUGGCUCUAUAAACCCAAGUGAAAAGUUACCCCACCAAAGCAGUCUUUAUUAAACCAUUAUCAAUGUUUUAUUCACAUUUCUAGCUCAUGUUGAAUGUUAGUAGCUAAUAUCCUGACUAAUUCAUCAAGCAUAGUCCCUUUAAAUAUUGGGGAUUAAUCCAUCAAAAGUUUUGAAAUUAAUUGAGCUUAUUUCUUUCUCUGUUCUCCCGAUUAGACUGAAUCGAAUCGUUUAUGCAAAAGAAAAAAAUAAUAUGAUAAUAUUUAUUGUUUUGAAUUAAUUACCCAUUAAAUCUGAGCUUUUAAAUUUGAGACUUAAAAAUAUGGCUUGAAAAUUUCUGCGGAGCUGGUUUUAGUCGCAAAUUGAAACCCUUCCUUCAAUGUUCCGGGGGUUAAUUUUUUCCUGAUAUACUAAUUGAGAUGAUGAUUCACAUAUUUCGUAAAAUAUGUUGUCCGCUUGUUCUUUGUACAUAACACAGUAAAAAGCAUUCAUUUAAGAGCAAGGGGAAAAAUGUUUAACAAUAAAAAUCCUCAAAAUUGAAAUAUUGUCAACUUCCUACAAAAAAAAAAUCAAUUAACCCUGUCACGAUUGGGGGUGGUUAUUUCUCCAUAACUUAACUGCUUGCAGUAGAGCGCUGCAAUUUCAAAAUUGGAGCACAUGUUUUUGUACAAAAAAUGUUUUUUUUAAUGCAAUAUCAAGGAUACCCCCCCCCCAUCUUAGACAAAAAGAGUGCAUAUAAACUGUAAAAAAUCUAAAAUGUUCAUCUCGGAAUCUUGGGACAUGGUUUCAUUUCCCGGAUAAAACCAGCUCUAUAGCAAGUGUUGUAUUCUACCAACCCCGAGCUUCAGAAAAUAUCAAUUUAGCAUGAACUAUUUUUACCAUCCAUGUUCCUGAGCUCCAAUCCUUUUUUAAUUGUAAAAUUAUUGAUCUUUAAACUUUUUAAACAUGAUCUUUAUAGUCGAAAUUGAUCUUAACUAGCUGUUUAAUUAAAACCUUUAAAAUUGAUCUUUCAACGUUAUGCGCUACCAUAAUCAAACUGUUUUAACCCUUUAAACCAAUUAAUGUAGCACUGACUAGUUAUAUUAAAGGGACUGUAAGCGUAACUUGAAGUGGCACUCGAUGCAACGAAAGCAAUGCCCGGUUUACAGUAAUGCUAAUAAAAUGUUUUCUGAUAAAAAAUUGUGGCACAUACCGGUAUUUUUCUUACUCAAAUGGUUAUGUUCUGUGAAUUUCCCCAUUCUUAUAAGAAGUUUUUUUUAGCAAGAAAUUUGCAAGUCACUUGAAGAGAACCCACAAAUGAAAAUAAACAAAAAUUUGAUACUUCAGACAACGCUUUUAAGGGAACCGCUGUUAAUCUUUGCAUAGAGGGUCACUUGAGCUUACGCGUACAGUACCUUUUAACCCUUUAGACCUGAAUGUUUCUAAUUGACUAACCUUGAAACUAGAUCUUUCUCAAGUGUUAUCUUACCUUUUAAACCUUAAUCUUUGUUAAAUAUUGGUAUAUUAUAUUAUCUUGCUGUAUGCUUCGUGUAUGAACCCUGAUUGGACCUCGACAAUGUUUGGCUGUGUGACUUGAUUCUAGUGUAGGCUUUGCAUUUCAUGCACAUGACAUGAUUUUGAUUUUUCACUUUUUAAAUUUAUGCAUAUAAACCAUAUAUAAAUAUAUAUCUAUACCAGGCCUUAAAUAUGCUUUUAUCCAGGGUAUGGUUUUCGUAUUUUCUAAUUUUGAAAAUAAAUUUCAAAUUUUAUCGCCCUGUGUCAUUCUGAAAUACUGUUAGAUAAUCGCUAGAAAAUAAUAAUGGACGCUCGACCAAAAUAAUGUCUUUUUAACGUUUGCCCUUUUUCCACCAAUCUUGAUACUUUUAGAUGUUCUCUUUUCUCAUAUGUUUAUUGAAAAUAUUAUUAAUGCUAAAACCAGCUUAAACAUCUGACAGUUGUACUGUCUUCAAAAUAGUGAAUAUUCAUGAUGUAUAUAUGCAUGUACAUUGUACAGUGUAUGUAGUAAGUACCCUUGUACAACAGUGUACAGUGUACACUUAUUCUUGUUUUUUUUUGCAUUUAGCGUGUUAUUUGUUCACUUUUAACAUUGUAUUGAUGUGAGGUAAACAUUAUCAAUUCCAUUUCAACAUCUUCAAUUAACUCCUCUUUGUCCUUUUUGCGCUACGACAUUUUUGCUCCAAGCCAUAUGCCAUUUUUAUUAAAAGCUUUAUUUUAAGUACACAACUUUUCUAGUCGCUGGACUUGACCCCUAGCCGGAGAGUUUGACCCCUCCAGUAACUUUCAACGCAGUAGAAGGUCUCACUUAGCCCUGAAUAAUGGGUUAGAACCUUACGAGAUAUUAAUUCUUAUUAAAAAAAUGUCUUAUAUAGCAAAGAAGCGUUUUCUGGGUGGUUAUACCAUUGGACACUAUACAAAAUUUUAUCACUUUUGUAUAUGUCGUAGCGCAUUUUAUCCUAUUUAUUCCUCGACUAUUUUCUCAAAUAGUAAAGUUAUUCUCCAUCUGUUUCUUCUUAUUAAAACCAACUUUUAACGAUGAAAAUUUCCUUUCUACAAAAUUCUUAAAUUUAUUAUUUUGUAUCUGAUGACCAUGAUUACUUUUUAUUUUCUUAUCAGCACAUUUGAUAUUUUUAAUCCUUUCUUUUAAUAAUAUUUUAAUCCUCUACCUGAGAAAGUUUCCCAAGUGGCAUCUUUCGAAAUAUACAAUUUCCCAAGAGGUAACAUUCCUAGUCUGUCCAGGUGCAGCUCUUGGCCUCCAAGCUUUGGAAAUUAUUGCACAUUUGUGAAGUCGUAUUUGAGAAAAUUUAAUGUUUACCCCAUUCUCCUCUUUACAGUUUUGAUGCGAAGAUGAAAUACUUCUUCACGCUGUUAAACAAACGAUGUACUUGUAUACUAUGCAUGCUCUGUAAGUUAAACUAUGAUUCAUGUACAUCUCAUAUAAUGUGCUGCAGUUACGUACUUUUGUACUGUUUACUAUAUGUACAGAGUACUAUUUGUGCUAUGUUGUGUAAUCACAUGAAUGUAUUAAAUUAUGUAUUAAGAAUGUUUAUUGUUAAU